ACCAUAAAAUCCCCCGCACUUGAUAAAAAUGUUCUCUUCGGCAACAACUUAACUCUCCCUUCCGCUGCCUCACCGCCCCCUCAGCCUCGCGCUGAAAAUCCAAGACCACUUCUCUCUCCUCUUCUCCCCUCUCUCCAUCCCUUUCAGCCCCUCUCCCAUUCUCCUGAUUCACUUUUGAAGGACCAAGUGGCUCUACUGGUAACUUCCCCUUGGAAAAAGCUGAUGGUUUCAUUUUUACAAAGGCUGGGAUAAAUGGGAUUCCCCCCCCUCCCCCAGCACCCUUCCAAAAGCAAACCACUCUCUGGUGAAUAAACGGUGGCUUGAAUGUGUUUGUGAAGGCUCUACCUUUGUUACUAAAAAUAUUCAUUCUUUCUCCCCCUCUCCUUUUCCCUUCUUUCUUUCCUUUCCUUGGCCAGUGAGCCGAUUCAGGAGGCCAUUGGUUGGGACCCUGAGACUGGGGCCUUCAAAAACCUGGCCACCAUCCUCAGUAGGCCGGGUAGGCUGGGGGAGGCUAAGGCAGGAGAGGGUGGCACCCACUCAGCUCGGCCCUGUGCCCCAAACCCCAGGUCCUCAGGUCUGGAGAGAGAGGGCUGGGCUUAACUACAGGCUCCCCAAGGGGAGAGGAGAGAAUAUGGGGGACUCUGUGGCCUUGCUGCAUCCAAAUCCCUGUUACCUCAAGGUCAGUUUGGUAGUGAUGAUGGCUCAAAGGACGCUGAAAGCGAAGAGGUGCCCCCACCCCAUAAUAAACUCUGCAGCCUCUGCCUAGAGCAGAGAAGAGGACGGGACAGUGAGCAUCAAGACCAAGCACCUGGGCCUCCAGGUCUGGCAGCAGCCACCAAGGCCCUUCCCUCCCUUUGAUGUGCUGAUGGGCUUGGUGGUACCUCCUCACCCUAGGGUGCCACGGAAGGUGCAGAGGACUGGCCUGGAAGGUUGGGAGCCAACUGAGCCUGGUUAGCAGGUCCCAAGGCCUGGGUGCAGGAGUGGGACAGCCCAGCUGGGCAUUAUCCUGCUAGUGGCACCAGGCCCCUCUCCCAUCACACAGAGUGGGACCCUCAAAGCACUGACUAGAGACCCUCCUCCCCAUUCCAGCACCUCUCCAGGCCAAGAAGGUUGUGCAAUACCGAAGAAUUGGUAGUUGCAGGGCGAACUUUGCUCCCUGCCUCACCACUGUCCAUUAACCAGAAAGUUUCUCCGCCCCCCCCACUCCCUCCUGGUCCCUCCUCAUGUCUUGCAGGUCCCCUUCUCCAAAGAAAAUUCUUGCUUGUUUGUUUAAUGAGAGAAAGUUGCUCUCUCUCUCGCUCGCUCUCUCUCGCUCGCACCCUCGCUCUGCGUUCUGUCCGGGAGGAGUACGGAGAAGCCAAUAGGAUGCGGGGGCUCUAAUGGAUGCAAAUGAUCAUGAAAAGACAGUGCAAAAUAUGAAACAACUCAUUUGCAGGGAAGUAAAUCACCGAAAACUGUUUAUGAACUGGCAUCCCUUCUUCGAAAUGUAAAGCGAGGACCUCUUUAAGUGGCGGUAUAUUUUUGUUUGGGGGGUGGGGGGUGGGGGGAGGGCGAGCGAGCCGCGGCUGCCAUGCAAGCUUAGACUUUUGGAGGCUUCGCUGUCCUUUUCUAUUCCUGGAAAUCACAAAAAGUGUGGCGGCUUCGAGAUCUUCUUCGCCUUUUCUUUCUUUUCUUUUUUCCCCCUCCUCCCUUUCCCUCUCCUUUCCUGGCGAGGGUGACUAGGAGCCGGCGAAUCCGCGUUUUUUUCUCUCUCUCCCUCCCUCUCCCCCUCCCCACCCCCUCCCCAACAGCCCCCAACUACAGCCGCCGCCGCCGCCGCCGCCUCAAAAUUCAAUAAAAUGAGCUCUUAUUUCGUCAACUCACUGUUCUCCAAAUACAAAACCGGGGAGUCCCUGCGCCCCAAUUAUUAUGACUGCGGCUUCGCCCAGGACCUGGGCGGCCGACCCACCGUGGUAUACGGUCCCAGCAGCGGCGGCAGCUUCCAGCACCCGUCGCAAAUCCAGGAGUUCUACCACGGGCCGUCGUCGCUGUCCACCGCUCCCUACCAGCAGAACCCGUGCGCCGUGGCGUGCCACGGGGACCCGGGCAACUUCUACGGCUACGACCCGCUGCAGCGGCAGAGCCUGUUUGGUGCGCAGGAUCCAGACCUGGUGCAGUACGCCGACUGCAAGCUCGCCGCCGCCAGCGGCCUGGGCGAGGAGGCCGAGGGUUCAGAGCAGAGCCCGUCGCCCACACAGCUCUUCCCCUGGAUGCGCCCGCAAGCAGCCGCCGGACGCAGGCGAGGCCGACAGACCUACAGCCGCUACCAGACCCUGGAGCUGGAGAAGGAGUUCCUAUUUAAUCCCUAUCUGACUCGCAAGCGGCGGAUCGAGGUAUCGCAUGCGCUGGGACUGACAGAGAGACAGGUCAAAAUCUGGUUCCAGAACCGGAGGAUGAAGUGGAAAAAAGAGAACAACAAAGACAAGUUCCCCAGCAGCAAAUGCGAGCAGGAGGAGCUGGAGAAACAGAAGCUGGAGCGGGCCCCGGAGGCGGCGGACGAGGGCGACGCGCAGAAGGGCGACAAGAAGUAGGCUCCAGCUGGGACUGCCAGGGCCGCGGCCGCCCUCGGUCCGUGGGUCCCCCCGGACCUCACCGCCGCCGCCCGCCCCCGCCCGAGAGAGCUCUGGCCCCGCGAGCAGGGCCCGGAGCCCGGCCUCCCGCCGCAGCGUCCCCCGCCGCGCCAGUCCCCCGCUAGUGGUAGUAUCUCGUAAUAGCUUCUGUGUGUGAGCUACCGUGGAUCUCCUUCCCUUCUCUCGGGGGCCGGGGGAGGGGGGACAAGAAAAGGAUUUUGAGCAAGGACUCCCUCGCCCUGCGAGGGUGAGCGGCUGCGGCUGGCUGAGCCCCCCCAAGCCCCCGCCCCGUGUAAAAAGCCUCCUUGUGCAAUGGUCUUUUUUCCUUUGAACGUGCUUCUUUGUAAUGACCGAGGUACCGAUUUCUGCUAAGUUCUCCCAACAACAUGAAACUGCCUAUUCACACCGUAAUUCUUUCUGUCUCCCUCUCCCUCUCCUUCUCUCUCUCUCUCUCUCUCUCUCUCUCUCUCUCUCUCUCUCUCUCCCCGUCCUCAUUUCCCCCUCCCAACCCCUCUCUCCCCGCUGCCCUCCCUAGCUCGCUGGCUUUCUCUCUUGCUUCUCUUUUCCUCCCAACACCCGCCCCCCACCGCCUUUGGUUUGGCAAUUUCGUCUUAAGUGUUUCUCAAAAGAGGUUACUUUAGUUAGCAUGCGCGCUGUGGGCAAUUGUUAAAAGUGUUCUUAGGUUUACUGUGAAGAGAAUGUAUCCUGUAUCCGUGAAUUGCUUUAUUGGGGGGUGGGAGGGCUAAUUAUAUAUUUUGUUGUUCCUCUAUACUUUGUUCUGUUGUCUGCGCCUGAAAAGGGCGGAAGAGUUACAAUAAAGUUUACAAGCGAGAACCCGA